AUGAAGGGAGAUACCGCCGAGGAGCUGAGCCGCAUUCACAACGCUGACACCGCCGCAGUCAACGCACAGGAGAGUAUCGGACGUCCUAUCAACUCGCACGGGAUGGAUCUGUUCAACCACAUGGUUGUCGAAUUGUUCGACGCACGCACUCGUCUCGAAUGGGAGUCAACCACUUCAGACCCCACCGAACCACCACGGAACGAGGCACUUCUCGACUUCAUUAGUCGACGGAUCUUGACACUCAACGCCGCACGACCGAGGAGUGUCACAAAAGGAUCUGGAGAGACAUCACGAUUCGUCAAAGCGCACGUCACGAAGCACCAAAACACAGAUUCACCUCAGUGUGUACUGUGCCGUGAAAACCAUACACUGAUGACGUGCAAGGGCUUCAAGGCCAAGACCGCGGUUGAGCGGAAAACGUUCGUGGAGGCCAACCGACUGUGCUUCAACUGCCUAGGCAAUCAUUUCCUAGCACGGUGUCAGUCAAAAAGGAACUGCCUCACGUGCAACGCGCGACACCACACCAUGCUGCACGGGGCAGCCACAUCAACACCACCUGCUGAGGCCACUUCACUUGCCACCACACUGGCCACUGCACGGCAAACUGAAACACACAAGGCCGUCCUCCUCGCAACCGCUCGCGUCAAGAUCGCUGAUCGCUACGGAUCACCACACGAGGUUCGAGUCUUGAUAGACCAGUGCUCCGAGGUGUCCAUCGUCUCUGAGGCACUGGCUCAGCGUCUUCGGCUGCCUCGAGCUUCAACAGAUCUGUCCAUCUUUGGCAUCGGAGGGACUCGCUCUGGAUCAGCGCGUGGCAAGGUCACGCUAGACAUCACAUCUGACGUGACCAAUGUCGAGCUCCGCGUGGUUGCUUUUGUGCUGCCUCGCAUCUCAUUGCAGCAAGGCACCUCUCAACGCGAAGAUCGUAGCUGGCCUCACAUCCAAGGACUUCGACUGGCCGACCCGCGCUUCCUGGACGACGAUCCUGCGGAGUUACUUCUUGGAGCAGAAACGAGCUUAGGAUGGAUCCUGUCCGGGGGCUACGAUGCAGCAGCAACCGAAGGACAUCGCAGCACGUUCCAGUGCACCGCAGACCACGACCUCGCUGACAUGGUUCGACGCUUCUGGGAGCAGGAACGCGAGCCAGUGGCUGGGACACCGCUUACCGCCGAUGAAGCCAGAUGCGAGGACAUCUACGUGCGCACGGUCACACGCACGUCCAGUGGACGAUACAUGGUGAGGCUGCCAUUUACCUCACCGCCGCCGACAUCGCUCAGCGAGACUCGUCGACCUGCUGAACGCCUACUGGAUGCCAUGGAGCGGAAAGGAGCACGAGAUCGUCGUUUCGGUGACCUCUAUCUAGACUUCAUGGAGGAAUACGAGAACCUACAACAUAUGGAGAAGGACUGUCGCCUGCAAACUAUCCUGUGGCGCCACAACAGCUCUGACGACGUCCACGAGUACGAGCUGAGGACCGUGACCUAUGGGCUAGCGUGUGCACCCUUCCUCGCCAUCAGGACUCUUCAUCAACUCGCAGCAGACGAAGAGGCACGAUAUCCACGCGGAGUCAAGGCACUGCGACACGACUGCUACGUCGACGACGUGGUCACCGGCGCCGAUAGCUUGGAAGAUGCUAUCGACCUUCAGCAGGAACUACGGAGUCUUUGCACGGCGGGCGGAUUUCCUUUGAGAAAGUGGGCCGCCAACGAUCCUCAGGUGCUCACAGGAAUUCCACCAGAACAUCAGCUGCAACGUGGGCCGCACUCAUGGGAAGAAGAGAGUCACGCUACCCUGGGCCUCCGAUGGCAUCCUCAAGGCGAUUGGUUCUCCUUCUCAAUUCGUCCACGUCCAGUCACUGAUCUCACAAAGCGACGAGUUCUAGCCGAAACGGCUCGGCUCUUUGAUCCGAUGGGUUGGCUCGCGCCUGUCGUCAUCAGAGCCAAAAUUCUGAUCCAGACGACGUGGCUUCAACGGCUGGAUUGGGACUCUCCGCUGCCUGAUCAGGACGCACACCGCUGGAGGCAGUUGUUGGAUCAGCUUCCUCUAUUGGAUAACAUCCGUGUAACUCGCUGGCUCAACACCGGAGACGACCAUUCGCAACUGCAGCUCCAUGGAAAAAACGUCAAUCAACCUAUUGAUGGCAAAAUCGAAGGUCGCGCCUGUCAAGCAGGUGUCGUUACCUCGCUUGGAACUCUGUGCAGCAGCUCUACUUACCACGUGCGCGCUACUCUCGGUUUGACAACGACGCCGGUGCAUCUGUGGUCAGAUUCAAGGGUCACACUUCAUUGGAUCCGCGGACACAGCACCCGUUGGAAAACCUUCGUCGCCAACCGAGUAUCUCAGAUCCAGACCCUGCUUCCAGACGCUCAAUGGAGACACGUCGCUGGACGAGAGAAUCCUGCAGAUUGCGCAUCGCGCGGUGUUACUCCUGCUGAAUUAAUCAAUCAUGAGUUGUGGUGGACAGGACCUACCUGGCUCUCAGGAGACGAGACUGCAUGGCCGGGUUCAAACAUCGACGUCCCAGAGGAUGACCUCCCGGAGCAGCGAGCCACCAGUCUGGUAAUCAAGGCACCGGUCUCGGCAGAACCUGACCUCCUCCUCCGGUUUCCAACGCUGCACAGGCUGCUGCGGGUUACGGCAUGGUGUCGGCGAUGGCUCAAUCAGGCGAGACGUGACGCCAUACCUGGCCGUCCAUUGCAUCCGGACGAGCUGGACGUCGCCUUAUUUCGAUGGCUGCGAGUGGUGCAGGCGCUCCACUUUCCUACGGACGUAGCUGCGGCUUCUGCUGGACGCACUAGCCCACCACGAAGCCACCUAGCGAUGUUGAGUCCGGUCCUCGAUGAUCAAGGCGUGCUGCGCGUCGGAGGACGUCUCAAACAUGCUCAGCUACCACUCGACGAGAAACAUCCAAUGAUCAUCCCGGCGGCAUCAUGGUUGACUCGGCUGGUGAUCGAUUCCUGCCACCGACGGACGCUGCACGGAGGUGUGCAACUGACUCUCGGCCUGCUCCGCCUGCGCUUCUGGGUGCCUCGAGGAAGGACCACCGUCAAACAGCAGCUACACCGAUGCAUAACCUGCACUCGAUGGCGCGCCGCCACACCACAGCCUCCGAUGGGUAACCUUCCUCGGGAGCGAGCACUCUCAGAUGAUCCAGAGGACGUCUCGGCGCUGACCCCCGGUCACUUCCUCAUCGGGACACCGCUCCUCGCCUUGUCAGAACCGUCAUUGACAGAGCAGACGGUGUCCACCUUGUCACGUUGGCGUCAUCUGCAGCGGAUGAGGGAUCACUUCUGGCAGCGAUGGUCAUCCGAAUACAUGCACGGACUCGCCCCACGCACAAGUGGCUCAAGGAUGCACCUGCACCCCACGUCGGCGAUCUCUGCCUCGUUCGCUCCGAGAUCACCCCCCCGAACCGAUGGCCCCUCGCUCGCAUAUCGCGUUUGCACCCCGGGGACGAUGGAGUUACACGCGUAG